UACGCUGAUCCAAAAGAGGUGUUGUGCGUGUGAGGGAAGGUGGUUACACAACAGCGUGUGCGCUGAGCCCGGGGUCAAAGUGUGUGUGCGUGACGGCGGGUGUUUGUGUAGCGGUCGGCCGCUCUCCGACCACACUAGAGGCGUCAUGGCGUCAAGCGGCGAGCGAUCUGCCCGGAGCCGUCUCCUCGAACUCACCCUGCUGCUGUCCUGGCUCAGCUGCUGCCCCGCGCUGCCUCACGGGGGAGUGUUCGCUAGCAGGAGGGCAGCCAGUGCGGUGCUCCUUCGCUCGCGUCGGGCGAACUCCUUCCUAGAGGAGGUGAAGACGGGCGACCUGGAGAGGGAGUGUCUGGAGGAGCGCUGCUCCUACGAGGAGGCGCGCGAGAUCUACCAGCUCCCUGAGCCCCUGAAGGCCUUCUGGGAGGUGUAUGCAGAGGUGGACCAGUGUUUGUCUGAGCCAUGUGCCAAAGGCUCCACCUGCCUCUCCCAGAACAGAACCUUCACCUGUCUCUGUCGCCCCGGUUACCAGGGCCGCACCUGCCACAAGGAGGAGCGGACCUUUAACGGCUGCCUCUACUCCAACGGAGGCUGUGAGCACUUCUGCCUGGAGGCAGCGGACCUUUCCCACACCUGCCUCUGUUCCCAUGGUUACCAGCUGGCCCCCGACAACAGCAGCUGCCUUCCACAAGUGGCGUUCCCGUGCGGCCGGACGGUCAACCUGCUGCAGCCGCGCAUCGUCAACGGACACGUCUGUCCUAGAGGACAGUGUCCCUGGCAGGCCCUGCUCUCUGAGGACCGGGACUUCCUGUGCGGGGCCGUGGUGUUGUCGGAGCGCUGGGUCGUCACGGCAGCACACUGCGUCUGGGGGCGGAGCCGCAGCAAACUGCAGGUCACCGCAGGUAAGCAGGACCUGGAGGUGACGGAGGCGUCCCAGCAGGUGCGGCGCGUGUCCCGGCUGCUGCUCCACCCGCGCUACAACCACUCCUCCAAGGACUCGGACCUGGCCCUGCUGCGGCUGGCGCGGCCCCUGGCCCCGGGGCCCCUGGUGGUGCCCGUCUGCCUGCCGCCCUCCGGGGCCCCCUCCUUCGGCCGCACCCUGGCGGCGGUGCGCAUGUCCACCGUCAGCGGGUGGGGCCGCAUGGGGUCCCGCGGGGCCUCCGCCCGCGUCCUGCAGCGGGUGGAGGUGCCGCGCGUCCCGCUGGGGGAGUGCGGGGCCCGGGCGGGGGGGCAGCUGGCCCUCACGCCCACCAUGCUGUGCGCGGGCUACGCGGCGGGGGGCCGGGACGCCUGCAAGGGGGACAGCGGGGGGCCGCUGGUCACCCGCUACCGGGACACCUGGUUCCUGACGGGCGUGGUCAGCUGGGGCCUGGGCUGCGCCCAGCGGGACCUCUACGGGGUCUACACCCGGGUCAGCGCGCUGACGGAGUGGCUGGAGCGCAUCAUGGGGGGGGGGUCAUGUGACGCGGGGCCUCCAGACUUUGCCCCCUGCAGGAAGACAGACAAGAUGGCGGUUGCUCUCGGCGGGUGGGACAGCAUGCUGCUGCUGAAGCUAGCCCUGGUGUGGUUCACCCUCCACACCUCCCACAGCGCCUCAGUGCUGCGUAGCGGCCCGCGGGCUCAUGGGUUCCUGGGCAGGCUGCGGCGGUCCAACGCGGGCUGGUUCGAGGAGCUGCAGAGAGGGGACCUGGAGCGCGAGUGUCUAGAGGAGCGUUGCUCCUACGAGGAGGCGCGGGAGGUGUUCGAGUUCACCAAGACCACCGAUGAGUUUUGGAGUCGAUACAACACUGUGGAUGUGUGUGCGUCCGGGCCGUGCCUGAACGGAGGGAGCUGUUCUACACACGGAUCGUCCUUCAUCUGCUACUGCCAGCCGCGCUUCAGCGGAGCCCACUGCCAGCUGAAGCUCUUCGACGUCCCAGAAGACUGUCUCCUUGACAACGGCAGAUGCGAGCACUUCUGCGAGGACACUGGAGGAAGCAGGACGUGUUCAUGCGCCAAGGGCUACUUCCUGUCCGCGGAUGGGAGGAGCUGCCUGACCAGGGAACCCUUUGCCUGUGGGACUGUUCCUGUUCUGGGAAACCAAUCAAACGCUCUGGAUCCACGUGCACGCAUAGUAGGAGGAAGUGAAUGUCCGAAAGGAGAGUGUCCCUGGCAGGUCCUGCUGAAGACCAGGGGGAAGGGGUUCUGUGGGGGGAUUCUCAUCAGUCCUCGCUGGGUGCUGACGGCGUCACACUGCCUGGAGGACAUCCAGGCCCAGAACCUGCAGGUGGUGGCAGGGGAACACGACACGGUGGUGGAGGAGGGGACGGAGCAGGUGCUCCAGGUGUCCCGGCUGCUGAUGCACGAGGCGUACGUCCCCCUGACGGCCGACAGCGACGUGGCGUUGCUGCGGCUGGCGGCGCCCGUGCGCCUGUCGCCCUACGCGCUGCCCGUCUGUCUGCCCACGCGGCGGCUGGCCGAGCGGCAGCUGUGGGCGGUGGGCCGCCACACGGUGAGCGGCUGGGGCCGGCGCGGGGAGAACGGGCCCACCUCCCGCCUCCUGCUGAGGGCCCGGGUCCCCCGGAUCCGCACGCGGGACUGCGAGGAGCGCAGCGGCGUGCGCAUCACCGCUAACAUGUUCUGCGCCGGCUUCCUGGACGGGACGCAGGACUCGUGCAAGGGGGACAGCGGGGGUCCGCUGGUGACGCAGUACCGCAGCACCGCCUUCCUGCUGGGCAUCGUGAGCUGGGGCAAGGGCUGCGCCCGGCCGGGCAACUACGGCAUCUACACCCGGGUCUCCAACUUCCUGGACUGGAUCCACGCCCACACGCAGGAGGUGGACGGGAUCCACGCCCGCACGCAGGAAGUGGACGGGAACCCCACCCGCACGCAGGAGGUGGACGGGAACCCCACCCGCACGCAGGAAGUGGACGGGAACCCCACCCGCACGCAGGAAGUGGACGGGAUCCACGCCCACACGCAGGAAGUGGACGGGAUCCACGCCCACACGCAGGAAGUGGACGGGAACCCCACCCGCACGCAGGAAGUGGACGGGAACCACACCCGCACACAGGAAGUGGACGGGAACCACACCCGCACACAGGAAGUGGACGGGAACCCCACCCGCACACAGGAAGUGGACGGGAACCACACCAGCACACAGGAAGUGGACGGGAACCACACCAGCACACAGGAAGUGGACGGGAACCACACCAGCACACAGGAAGUGGACGGGAACCACACCAGCACACAGGAAGUGGACGGGAACCACACCAGCACGCAGGAAGUGGACGGGAAGCACUCCGCACACCCUGUCCCGCCCUCUGAGCAGCCCCUGUCCCAACGUCUGGUCACCUCCUGUCCUGACAUCCGAUCACUUCCUGUCCUGACAUCCGAUCACUUCCUGUCCUGACGUCUGCUCACUACCUGUCUCGAUCGACUGCAGAAAUAAAAAAAUAUAAUAAAAGGAGAACACCUGUUUUAUAAUGCUAGGAUAUCCUAUUAAAU